AACACCAAAAAGUUAUCGCGAGCUCCGUCACACAGCCAAUUUCCAUCCCUCACCGCUACCUCAUCUCAAUUCACCAUUGGUGCCUUCCUCGAUCUACCAUGUCACCCCCCGCCAUCAUUGCGCCGUCGAUUCUCUCGGCUGACUUCGGAGCGCUGGGCAAGGCCUGCUCCGAUACAAUCUCCCAAGGCGCCGACUGGCUUCAUGUCGACAUCAUGGACGGCCACUUUGUGCCCAACAUGACAUUCGGCGCACCUGUCGUCACAAAGAUCCGCUCCCACGUCGACCGUCCCACUACUGCACAUGGCAAGGGCACCUUUGACUGCCACAUGAUGAUUGCUGAGCCCAAGAGGUGGGUGCGCGACUUCAAAAAGGCCGGCUGCGACCUGUACUGCUUUCACUACGAAGCCGCCGUUUCUUCAACUGCUGCAGAUUCGCCCAGCGCCAAAUCGGACAAGCAGACGUCCCCACAGGACCUCAUUCGCUUUAUACACGCUGAGGGCAUGCAGGCUGGCAUUGCGAUAAAACCAAGCACAUCGGUGGAUGUACUUUGGGAUAUCUUAGAGAACCCCAACAAGGAAGAAGUCCCUGAUAUGGUACUAGUCAUGACUGUUGAGCCUGGCUUCGGCGGCCAAUCUUUCAUGGCGUCCGAACUGCCCAAAGUUACAGCACUACGACAAAAGUACCCUGAACUGCACAUCGAGGUCGAUGGAGGCCUGGGUGAAAAGACAAUAGAUCAGGCUGCUGACGCUGGCGCCAAUGUUAUUGUUGCUGGCAGUGCUGUUUUCGGCGCCUCCGAUCCUGGUCAUGUGAUUAAGAAGCUAAGGGAGGCUGUCGAUAGUAGAAGGGGGAAGUUGUAG